CGGCAGUGGGCGCGCGAUGGAGGGUGGGUGCUGGUUCGGCGGUGAGUUCGAGGACUCGGUGUUCGAAGAGAGGCGGGAGCGGCGGCCCGGCCCCUCCGCGUCCUACCGCGCCAAGCGCUGCGAGCCGCAGUGGUUUUAUGAAGAAACGGGGAGCAGUGAUGAUGUUGAAGCUCUGACUGUCCAGAAAGUCAAAGGGGACCUGGCGUACAGACGGCUAGAGUACCAGAAGGCCCUGCAGGAGUAUUCCAGUAUCUCUGAAAAAUUACCGUCUACGAAUUUGGCCAUGAAAAGGGACGUCCAGGAAGGGCAGGCUCGGUGUCUGGUUCACCUGGGGAGGCACGCAGAAGCACUAGAGAUCGCCGCAGACUUGGAAAAUAAAGCAACUAACACAGACCAUUUAACCACCGUGCUCUACCUCCAGUCUGCUAUUUACUCAAGUUUGCAGAACUUGGAGAAAACAAUUUUCUGCCUACAGAAACUGAUUUCUUUGCAUCCUUUUAAUCCUUGGAACUGGGGCAGAUUGGCAGAGGCUUACCUGAAUCUGGGUCCAUCUCUGUCAGCAUCAUUGGCGUCAUCUCAGAAACAGAACAGUUUCACCUCAAGUGAUAAAACUAUCAAAUCCUCCUUUCCACCCUCGGAAAAAGACCGUCUUUUGUGUUUGCCUGAAACGUUGCCUGGGAGCUCUGUGUUUCCUGUGGAAGCAAGCAGCAGUAAUAACCAGAAGAAUGAGAAAGCACUUAAAAAUGUUCCAAACUGUACAGCAGAAAAGAGAGCAGCAGUGUUGCUAGAGACUCAGAUGAAAGCCUGUGCCUCUCUUAUACGAACCAGGCUUCUGCUUCAGCUCACCCAGUCUCAGCAAACGUCGUUUGCUUUGGAGAGGAACUUACAGACUCAGCAGGAAAUUGAAGAUAAAAUGAAAGGGUUCAGCUUCAAAGAGGACACUUUGCUGCUGAUAGCUGAGGUUAUGGGAGAAGAUAUUGUCCCAGAAAAACUGAAAGACGAGGUUUACACAAAGGUGAAGUGUAUUGGCCCCGCAGCCCUGACUGCCUUGGUGAUCGCAUCGUCGGAAGAAUUUGAAGACAAGUGGUUCAGAAAGAUCAGAGACCACUUGCGUCCCUUUGAAGAUCAGUUGCAUACAGAUAUACACAUCUUGGCUUAGUGGUCUCUUUAAAAACAAAACAAAACAUCCUGCACUGUAUUAAUUGCCCUUGUUUACUUCAGACAGAAUCCACUGCUAAUCAUGGAGCAUAGUGAAUUAAAAAUGACUAUUUAUGUUUUAUAAAAAUGGCUUCUC